AUGGGGAUGCCUCAUACGGUGCUGAGAUGCGGUGCAGCUGGGGAACAGCUGCAUAUCGCCAAGGACAUGGAGCGCUGGGCCCGCAGCCUCAACAAACAAAAGGAGAACUUCAAGAACAGCUUCCAGCCGAUCAGCUCGCUGCGGGAGGACGAGCGGCGCGAGUCGGCCACGGCCGACGCCGGCUACGCCAUCCUGGAGAAGAAGGGGGCACUGGCAGAGAGGCAGCACACGCCCAUGGACCUGUCCAAGCUGGCCAGCGAUGACAGGCUGGUAAGUGGCUUGUGCUGCAGGAUGCCUGGCUCCCCGGCUGGCUCUGGGAGGGAAGUGGGGGCUAGUGGUUAG